AUGAGACGCUGCUGGGGCUUCCUAACUCUCCGAUUCGAUGAGACGCUGCUGGGGCCCCCCAGGGGGGCCCCCCAGCCCACGUAUUCUUGUUGCUGCGCCUCUGCUGCUGGGGGCCGUGCGCUGCAGCAGCAAGUAGCGUGUGCACUACCAUCUGCUGCUGGGGGGCUGCAUGCAGACGGGGGGCCCCGGGGGGCCCCCCUGUGGGGCCCCCCUAUAUGUUUUGUACACCAAAAUAGCAGCAGGGCCUUUGUGAGCAGCAGCAGCAGCAGCAACAACUGCAGCAGCAGUAGCAACAACUGCAGCAGUAGUAGCACCGAAGGCUGCAGCAGCAGCAGCAACAACAGCACAAGGGACAGCAGCGCUGAUAGUAGCGAAGCAGCUUCGGCGGCAGCCACCGCCCUAGAGGCCCCAAAUCCGCGACAGCAGCAGCAGAAGCAGCAGCAGGAGCAGCAGCAGAAGCAGCACCAGAAGAGACACGGGUGUGAGGCGCCCGCAUUCUCAUCUUCUCCCUGCUACGCCCGCGUGCAGCAGCAGCAGCAGCUGUAG